ACCCCGUGACUCGCCGCUGGUGGAAGCGAGCAGAGGAAACUCUCCCAUCGAAGACGACAAGCAGGCAGCGAUUUGUAAAAGUUUAAAGGACCAAACUCUGUUGUAAGCCACAGCUUCGAGGAACAAGACAAGGCGCUUCGGGUCGCGCUGCUGGACGCGGAUCCCUCCCUCCCCCACAAAGAAAAAACAACAACAGAGACAAAAUGACGGCGGCGGUGUUUUUCGGCUGCACCUUCAUCGCCUUCGGCCCAGCCAUCUCUCUGUUCCUGUUUACCAUCGCCCGGGAUCCGCUGAGGGUUAUUUUCCUCAUAGCAGGAGCGUUUUUCUGGCUGGUGUCCCUGCUGCUGUCGUCUCUGGUGUGGUUCAUCUCGGUUCAGAUCAGUAAUAAGGACAGUGCGGCGCAGCAGAAAGGCCUUCUCAUCUUCGGCGUGAUACUGUCCGUCCUGCUGCAGGAAAUCUUCCGCUUUGCUUACUACAAGCUGCUGAAGAAAGCAAAUGAAGGCCUCCUCACUCUCAGUCAAGAGGAAACCAUGCCGAUCUCCAUACGGCAGCUGGCCUACGUGUCCGGCCUUGGCUUCGGCUUCAUGAGUGGAGCGUUCUCGGUGGUGAACAUCCUGGCUGACUCUGCAGGGCCGGGGACUGUGGGGAUCCAUGGAGACUCGCAGCACUACUUCCUGUCUUCAGCCUUCAUGACGAUGGCCAUCAUCCUGCUUCACAUGUUCUGGGGCGUCGUCUUCUUCGAUGCCUGUGAGAAGCAGCGCUGGUGGGCGGUGGCUGCUGUCGUUAUUAGCCACCUCGUUGUGUCCUGCCUGACCUUCCAGAACCCCGAGUACGUCGGCAGCCUGGUUCCCACCUACGUCAUCUUGUUCUUGAUGGGCGUGUGGGCUUUUUACUGUGCCGGCGGUUCGCUCAGGAACCUCAAACUCUGCCUCACCUGCAAAGACAAGGACCUCCUGCUUGCCAACCACCGGCCCAGAUAACGCAGCACACCCGGAGGUGUGCAGGACUCUAUCCAAAGAUUACGAGUUCACACACACACACACACACAUCUCCUGAACACAACAAAGACCUAACCUCUCUGUUAAUCUGCUGUCUCACUUAAGAGGAAUUUUAGUAUCCUAAGUAUAAGAACAUAAAAGUGGAAGCAAUGAAUGUUUCUCAAAUGAAAAGAAACAAAGAAGGGAGAUCAUUUUGAUUCACACCCAGCUCAGUUUGUUUGUAUGGAUUUAAUUCACGUUUAAUGAUGAGUUUGUAUUAAAAAAUACAAAAUAUAUGUCGGGCUAAAAGUGUCCCGUUUGUUUCUUGAUACUCUAAAAGAAACAGGUGAACAAACGUACAAAAGGUAGAAAAGGUGGGGACACUCUCCACAUUCUGUAAAUAUUCUAAUGUUUUCAACAUUUCAGACAGAUAUCUUCUUUCAAAUGUGUCAAAUCAUUCAAACGGUGGAUUUACCAUUUAUCAACAAAACUCUGUGUAUAUAUUUCUGCAUUUUUAAUUCCCAGGAUGUGUAGAUAGUGAGAAGUUUUAAUCUUUUUAUUUUACUUUAUCGUUAGUCUGUGUAAGAAAUUGCCUUUGAUUUGAAAUCACUUUUACAGAAGCUGAGAGGGGAACAUGACUGGUAUCUAUUUGUUUUUAUCCCAAUUAUGUUGAGGUCUCGACUUCAUUGCCUCUGCAGGCCAUAGAUUAGGGCAUUAGGAUUUUUGGAAAAUAAUCUAAUUGCGAUUUUAUUUUAUUUUUUUAUUCUACCAAUAUUGCAAUUGCGAUUUAAUAUGUGAUUAAUUUUUAAGCUCUUCACCUUCUGUAUUAUUCAAAACUGACAAUAAAUCAGUGUAUAGUAUGACCAACACAAUAAUAGAUAUAUUAAACAUACACUGUUCUUUCUUGUAGGCCAGGCCUGUGUUGUGAUGAAAUGAAAUGGUGAUGCAUGAAUUGCAUGAAUUAUUAUUAUGAGCAAUGGUGGAAAAGAAAUAUUAAAUUAUAAUCGUAUGAGAAAGAUAGUUUGAGAGUCAAGUCAUGGAAUUAAAUAAUAUGAAAUAAUAUGAUAUAAUAUCAUCAGGUCGGCCUACAGACCACAAGGAAAAGUACACCACAGUGUUUUAUACAGCAAUAGAAAACCCACAGUUCUUACUCAGUUCAAAUAUCCUAGGACUCCAUCUCUCAACAAAAAACUAAAAAAAUACUCAGUUCAAUUGAAAAGUUGGCCAACGAAAAUAAAACCAAGUGACUCCUCUCGUGUUUCAUAGACAAGCUUAGUAGCCUAAUUCUCCGACAACACCAGAGUUCCCCUGCAGCCUACGUUGCUGGUGAGCAGCUCACUGGCUGUAACUCGGACUUUCGGACUUGUGUGUUUGGUUUGAAACACCGUUUGACAGAUAUUUCCUGAGCUGACUGGUGGCUGUGUUUGUGACGCUGGCGCCGAUCGCCACAAUACGCUGCUGUGCAUUUUUCUUGUCCGUCAAAGUGGCGGAUGGCCCGACAAUUUCAGCCACCACCACCAAGUUACCCGCGGGCGGCAGCUGCUACUUUUAUUCCCUGUGUGACACUAAAGUUUUUGUGGUGUCAGCUUCUGUCAAGCUUAAGGCCAUUGUCCAACAAGAAGGCAAGGUACAGCGUGACGUGCAGACUGCUUUCUGCUUGGGUGUCAUGUGACCAGAGUGUAAUCGCAGCCUUUGCGAUUAGAAAAUCGUAUCGCGAUAAUAUUGCAAAUGCAAUUAAUCGUUCAGCCCUACAGAUUAUGUCAUCAUGAAAUUGUUUUAGUUUCAGUAACAGUUUCUUGAUUCCAUGCUUGAGUAUGAAUAUCUAUUGCUAAUUUUAAGGCUAAAUGCUCAAACUUUUAAUUUCAACAUAUUUAAUUUGCACCGAUCAUUACAAUUUUGUUCCUUCUGAUAUCCUAAAUCAUUCUAACAGAUCACAAGUUUUAUCCCACAGCUGUUUCGGUUCUGAGAGGCAAGCAGCUCAGACUGAGAGCGAGGAAAAACAAGCGCGAUUUCGAAAAUCUUAAUGGAUCAAGGAUUUAGAUUUUAUCGUCAAAAAGCUCUGAUAGCCACCUUCAGUUAACUGUGAUCUUGUGAAAAAUAUUCCUUCUAUCUCAUGAUUGUGAGAAUAAAAAUGUUUAACAAAAUAACAAAUACCGGAGUCCUUAUUUGAAGGAAACUGGAGUCAAACACUCUCUGCUUCCAUACAGGGUGUUAGCUGUCACAUACUUUAUCUCUCACUCCUAUGUGUAAACCUAAGUUCAUAACACCGUGAACAGGUGGACGUGUUGGCUCAGUGAUCUGUGAAUGUUAAAUGUCUUUGUUGCCUUUUUUAUGUUGGAGUUGUUUGUGAGCGAUCGCAGGAGUUAUUGUGUCCCAUAUGUUCCACAUUCCAAACAACGAACGUUUCAUUUUUGCACCUGGUUUUGUUUUGUUGUUGAUCUACUUGUACAGUUUGUGUAGUUCACAGUGUGUUUCACUCGUUUAUUAGGUACACCUAACUGUCAAUUAAUAAAUCCUCCAUGAAUGGU